CAGUUCCCAGCACCAACAUGGUGGCUCACAAUCAUCUCUAAUUACAGUUUCAGGGUUUUGGAUGCCUUCUUCUGACUUUUGAGAGCACUGGGCGUGCAUGAUGCUAUGAAACGACUACAAAAAGAACUGUUGGCUUUGCAAAAUGACCCACCUCCUGGAAUGACUUUAAAUGAGAAGAGCGUGCAGAAUUCAAUCACACAGUGGAUCGUAGACAUGGAAGGUGCACCAGGUACCUUAUAUGAAGGGGAAAAAUUUCAACUUCUGUUUAAGUUUAGUAGUCGAUAUCCUUUUGACUCUCCUCAGGUCAUGUUUACUGGUGAAAAUAUUCCUGUCCAUCCUCAUGUGUAUAGCAAUGGUCAUAUCUGUUUAUCCAUUCUAACAGAAGACUGGUCCCCAGCGCUCUCAGUCCAGUCAGUGUGUCUUAGCAUUAUUAGCAUGCUUUCCAGCUGCAAAGAAAAGAGACGACCGCCAGAUAAUUCCUUUUAUGUGCGAACAUGUAACAAGAAUCCAAAGAAAACAAAAUGGUGGUAUCAUGAUGAUACUUGUUGAUGCCACUGUUAUCAUCCUCGUAGCAGAAGAUAGUCCUACUGAGAAAAUGAGCACUUUGAUCAUUCAGUCUUUGAACUUUAACCUUUGACUGGAAGUGACCUAUAGGCAAUGAAGACUACUUCCUUUUACUGCAUUUUUACUCGUGUGCAUUCUGGGCGCAUGUUGAUCGCUGGCUCAGUCCAGGCAACUGACAUGCUUUUAUAUUAGUCAUACAGUAUUAAUGCAGGUGUCAGGAAAUGUCAAAUAUAAUUCCAUUUUUUAUUUUUAUUUUUUUAAGCUUUUGGAAAAGUUCCAGGUCCUCAUGUAUUGUGCAAUAACAGUGACUUCCUCGGUGGUUUGGGGACGUUCAUUGCCGGCAAUGGACGUUGAUACAGGAAGAGUUUUCUUAACUCCUGCCACUUGGUGAUUAAUGCAUGAUAGGGCCUAUGAAAUGAAUUUAUCGGUUAUCGUGGGAUUAUAAGGAAAGUGAGGGAUCCAACAUUACAUUGAAAGUCACCCCAACCGUUUAUAUUUGGAUUCUAUGCACUGUGAUCCUAAGGCUAACAGCAUGAAAUAACAUGCAUCUUUAAAGGACCGUAAGAAAGAUCAUUGCGUAUUUAUUUAAUCGUUUAUAUCUGCUGUCAAAUUGUUUUGACAUGGAAAGUUUUCAAGGAACAUUGGCAGAGAGGUACAAUAUGUUAUCCCUAUGGUGAAAAUAAACUCAUUUGUUGUACAUAGUCCUCAAUCUCUGAAGUAAAGGUGUGAAUAAUAUAGGGUGUGAAUGGUUUAACCAAGGCUUUAUUUUGGAAGUAAAAAAAAAAAAAAUGGCAGUGAUGCUUAAGUUACCGCCAUCCAUUAUUUGGGCCUGUUCUUUUUCCCCAGUAUGUUACACUCUGUUACUUCCUGCUAGCCAUCAGCAUGAGCCCUAUGCCUAAACACUAUUUCUUUAUUUAUGUUUGGAAUCCAUGAACAUUUUUGUUUGUAAUCUUGUUUCUUUUGUUACAUUUUAAGUUGUUUGAAUGUUAUAGUACUUUAAUUGAAAGACUUUUGUCAAGUUUUUUUCUUGUAAAUUUUCUUUACUUGUAUCAUCUUGUCCUUCAAUCCUGUACCCUAAAAUGAGAAAUACAUUUUUGACAGAGGCUUAAUGUUUUAACAAAAGAGUGUGGACAUUUUUAUUUGAAGAUUUUGGCAAAAGAACACUAUAAAAUGAUAGGUUUGCUUAUUUGUUUCACACAACCAUACAGGGUUUCUUGGAAGAAUUUGUUUGUUUGUUGAAAAGAUUUUGCUUACAGCUAGAUGAAGUUUUUCUAUCUGUCUGUCUGUACCUGUCUGUCUGUCUGUCUAUCUAUCUCUAUCUAAUCUAUAAUACAGUUGUUGGAAAGGUUCCAUUCUAAGUACCAUGUACCAUGUAAGUUAAUGAUGCUACAACUAGGUCUUUUUAAGAAGCAAUUAAUGUAUUUUAUAAAUUACCUUUUCACAUAUGCAAGAUCUGUUUCUAUGACAAUGUUAUUUUUACUAAUGCCUUACUGUUGCACUCUUUUUGAAUAUCCUUCCAUGACUAGAUUAAUUGAUUUGGGCUUAAAAAUGAAAGCCAAUUGGCUGAAAGGUCUGACAUAUGUACCCCCAUAAAAUCAUCCAAUUGAUAAUUGGUAAAGAAUAUUUUAAAAAUUGUUUUUAAUCUCUGUGUAGAUGACAUUUUGUAGCUUUGUACAUGUUGUUAAUUAAGGGCAUAUAAUUUUACACUCUAAAAGUAUAACUGCUGAACUCAGGGGUGGGUAGACUUCAAAAAUAUGUCUGCUGUAGAAAUAACUUGAAAAAACAAUUAAAACCACGGCCAGCCACCAAA